GGUUAGAUCCACCCUUACCGUAUUUUAACGCAAAUUUUGGCACAAUUCAGGGCUUUAUGGUACGUUUAUACGAAAUUAAAGCUUUAAACUUGGAUUUUAAUGCUUGUAAAUUGAAAUUAUUGAUUAAAUUGGUCGCGCCACGAAUAAGAAAAGUACAAGCGCACGCCGAUUUUGACACUUGACAUCUAUGCUUGACAGUAAUUGUAAUUUAAGGUUAUAUCCACACGUGGGGCAAAUAAACACAAAAUUUCUUUGAAAAAACAUUAUUAAGGCUUAAUUUAGUGCGAAGAGUGUUUGUACCACGAUGGGGCGUCAUCCCCCCAAAAAACCGCAAAAUGUUAAAAUUUCGACGAAAGAUAAACUGAAACAAAUUAAAAAGGAACGUAAGUUGAAGUUGAAGGAGAAGAGGGCACGAUUGGUUAUCCGCAAUUUGCCGUUUGAGGCCACUGAGGAAAAUCUUAAGAAGCAUUUUGAAAAGUUUGGGGAGGUUCAAGAAGUGAAGGUUUUGAAAAAAGAGGAUGGGAAAUUGGUCGGUUGCGGUUUUGUGCAAUUUAAAUUAGUACAGAAGGCUGCAAAGGCGCGACAUCAUUUAAAUGGAAAACCCUUUCUAGGCCGAGAAAUUGAAGUUGAUUUUGCUUUGGCUAAGAAUAAGUACAAUAAAACUGAAGAUAAGAAUGAAAUUAAAGAAGAAAAUGAAGUGAAGAUUAAGGAAGAGCCAGUAGAUGUUGAUGAGAGUCAGGAAGUCAUUGAGGAAAUAAAAAAUGAAAGUGAGGAUGAAGCUGCUGAGAUUGAGGGUGAGUCUGAGCAAGAUGAAAGUUUGAAACAGGAGAGUGACAGUGAAGAAAAUGAAGAGUCAUCAGAAGAAGAGGAAGAAGAACCACCUCUCAAAAAACCUAAAUUUGAAUCAAAUGACGUAAUUGAGGGAAAAACGAUUUUUAUAAAAAAUGUGCCAUUCACAGCCACUAAUGACGAUUUAAAACAAUGUAUGAGUCAAUUUGGGCCCCUUUAUUACGCAUUAAUUUGCAUUGAUAAGUACACGGAACAUUCCAAAGGAACAGCUUUCGUUAAAUUUAGAAAUGCUGAGGACGCCCAAAAGGCACUUGAAGCGGGCACUGAAUUGACUCUUCUUGGAAAUGUUUUAGACUGUCAUAGGGCUUUAGGUCGAGACGAGUUGCGGAAAAAGGUUGAAACGAAAAAAGAAGAAAAAAUUGCUCCAAAAGACUCGAGAAAUUUGUAUUUAGUCAAAGAAGGAGUUAUUUUAGCCGGAAACAAGGCCGCUGAAGGUGUCUCAUCGAGUGAUAUGGCAAAACGGCUCCAGUUAGAACAAUACAAAACUCAAAUGUUGCGAAAUUUAAAUAUGUUUGUUUCGCGAGAACGCUUAGUUAUUCAUAAUUUACCACCCAGUUGGGAUGAUAAAAAGUUACACAUAUUGGUUAAAAAUAAUAGUCCGAAAAAUUCGGUAAUUCGUGAGGCGAGAAUUAUGCGCGAUUUAAAAAAUGUCGACGCUAACGGAGUCGGACGAUCAAAAGAAUUUGGUUUUGUCACUUUUAACCGACAUGAAGACGCCUUAGCCACUCUCAGAGCAUUGAAUAACAAUCCGAAUAUUUUUUCGUCUCAUAAAAGGCCAAUUGUCGCCUUUUCUAUUGAAAAUCGGGCAAUGAUUAAAGCGAAACAAAAUCGACUCGAAAAAUCGCGUCUCAAAAAUCCUAAGUGUAAACAGUUUGAUCCUAAAGUGGUCAAAGAGGACCAGGAGAAGAAACAGAAACGUUUAAAUGAGACAGAAGAUAUUGAGGGCGAUUUUGUUGGGGUCACAGCCAAACCGGGCAAACAAAAAAUGCGAAGCAAAUAUAAUCUAAAAACGCAGGCAAGACUUCAUAUGGAGAAUUUGAAAAAAGAAAAGAAGAAAGCAAAGUUUGCAAAGAAGACUCUCAAGGACAAGAAACAAGAUUUUACAAAACAACCUAAACAAAAAAUUAAUAAAAAGAAAGAAAAUGAUAGUUUUUCGAAGAUGGUUUCUGAUUAUAAAAAGAAACUUCUAGCUAAGCCUAUAGUGAAGAAAACAAAGUGGUACGAAUAAACAUUGUGAUUGUUGUAAAUUUUUCUUAAUAAAAAAAACAUGUUA